GAAACCACGUCCUACACCACGUCCUACACCACGUCCUACACCACCACCAUCCAGUCCGCGACCACCAAAGCCAUGCCAUCCAUCAAAACCAUGCAGACCAUCCCUUUACCAUCAUUCUAUCCUAACUCAUAUUUUUCUCCUAAUUGGUGGCCUCUUCCACGAGAAUACUAUGAAAAAUAUAAUGAAAACAUAUCAAAUGAAGAAUAUGAAAAUGAAGAAUAUGAAAAUGAAGAAUAUGAUUAUGAUUUAGAUGAAGAGUAAUCUUGGCACAAUUUGUUAAUGUUAUAUUGAAAUUGAAAUUUCUAAAAUCUAAAAUAUAUUAAAUGUAUUGAUAAUAUAAAAU